AUGUUUGGCAUCAUGACAAUUGCAUACGGAGCGCUUUUUCUUCUGAAUGCGGUGGUAAUUCUGGAUGACCGGAGGUUUCUGUCAAGAGUCGGACUUCCACUGUCUUCAGAUGCAAGACAUACUCUUGGCUCUAGCCGUAAAAAGAUGGUCGAGCUGGUCAGAGCAAUAAAGACCGUGACAAAGAUCCCGUUAAUUAUACUGAACACACUUUGCAUAACAUACGAGAUCUUCCUUGGAUAG